AUGCUUAGGCUGGAUGGUCCAAAGGAAAGGCUACGUCAUGUUCCCAGAUAGUUAAGUGCCUUAAUGCAAGCUUUUGAAAGUUUUCCUGGAUAUUCAGCUGAUGUGAUUUUGGCUGCAAAAAGUAUGUGCUGUUACAUAGCAGUUGCAUGUGAAGAGAAAAACGAGUGGAAGUCACUAUCGGAGGUUUCUGUCCUUCUAAACUGGGCCUGAAAAAUUCAGCCAGCUAACUGAUACAUAAACAAAAUCCAGACGUGAAAAAGGCAAGUUCCUCUGCCACAAUGGACUCUGAACAAGAAGAAAUGGAUGUUGCAAAAACUGUUGUAAAUGGGCUGAGCAGCAAUGGACAAGAAAAAGCUGUUGACGUCCCUUUAUGUACACGCUCUAUUUCUGCCGUUAAAAUAAUCCCUGUGAAGAAAGUGAAAAGUUCUCCUCACCUAGUGCUGCCUACAGGAACAGAUCCCACGAAAGUCUGCAGCGGAAAAGGAGCUGUGACCCUCCGGGCAUCUCCAGCCUAUGAACAGAAUCAGAAUGUCACUUCGCUGUGUCCUCAGGAUGUUGAGCGACCUGAAAAUGAUUGGAGGUCAUCAGCUAACACUGAUGCCAAUGGGGAUGCUCAACCAUCUUCUCUGGCUGCCAAGGGUUACAGGAGUGUGCGUCCAAACCUAUCCUCAGACAGCAAGCCACAGGAUGCCACUGCCACUACCACAGCUCAGCCUGGGGUUAUAGUAGUCCCCCUCCUCCAGGUUAAUCCAGACAGACAGCACGAAGGCAGCUCCAGCACUCCACCACCACCUCUGGUUCCUAUUGGUCAAGGCUCCGUAUUCCCUGAGACUGUUUCUCCUCGGUCACCCUUGACUUUUCCAACUCUAGAUGAUUUCAUUCCCCCACAUCUCCAAAGAGGUUUCCACCAUAGCCAAGCACCCUCCGCAUCUGGCACAUUACCCUCUGUUUACCCGAAACUGCCAUUCUUCUCGUCACCACCUUCACUUGUCCCUCCAGUCACAGGGGCUUUGCACAGAGGCUUGAAGCCUGAAAUCACUGGAGUCAUCUCACACACAGACCCAGGUCCUGUGCUAAAUGAAGUGCCCCAGCCAGGCACUGGCACUGACUGUUCAACAUCCUUUACUUCAAUCAACAAGUCUUCCUCUGCCUAUCCCUCUACCACAAUCGUCAAUCCCACUAUUGUCCUCUUGCAGCACAAUCGAGAACAGCAAAAAAGGCUUAGUAGCCUGGCAGAUUCAGUGCCAGACAGACUAGUUUCUGAUAAAGUUGAUUCAGCGCUUAUACGGGACAAACCAGUUCAGGAGACUGUGCCAAAUGAGAAGAGAGGAAUGGAAGAGAAGAGGAGCAUUGUGAAGAAACCUCAGUAUAUGGCUGACACCUCCGUCGAUGAUAUUGGCAUUCCAUUGAGGAAUACAGACAGAUCAAAGGACUGGUACAAGACAAUGUUCAAACAGAUCCACAAGAUAAACAGAGACACUCCUGAAGAAAACCCUUAUUGCCCUACCUACACAUUUCCUGAACUUCCUGAAAUCCAGCAAAAAAUUGAAGAAGACAAUCCUUAUUCUCCUACAUACCAGUUUCCUGUGUCUACUCCUAGUCCUAUCUCUGAAGAUGAAGAUUCUGAUUCAUACUCUCCUCGUUAUUCCUAUUCUGAGGACAGCAGAACUCAGCUUUCUGUUCCCCGCUCCAAGAGUGAGAUGGACAACAUUGAUUCAGAGAAGGUUGUUAAGAGGUCUGCCACUUUGCCACUGCCAAACCGUACUUCAUCGCUGAAAUCAAGCCCAGAAAGGACUGACUGGGAGCCUCCAGACAAGAAAGUAGACACCAGAAAAUACCGUGCAGAGCCCAGGAGCAUUUACGACUAUCAGCCAGGAAAGUCCUCUGUUCUAAACAAUGAAAAGAUGACUCGGGAUAUAAGCCCAGAAGAGAUAGAUUUAAAGAAUGAACCUUGGUAUAAAUUCUUUUCGGAAUUGGAGUUUGGGAAACCGCCAUUUGUUCACAUGCCUCCAAAAAAGAUUUGGGAUUAUACUCCUGGAGAUUGCUCUAUCCUUACUAGAGAGGAUAGAAAGACUGAUCUAGAAAAAGACCUCUACCUCUACCAGACUGAGUUAGAGGCAGAUUUAGAAAAAAUGGAGAAGCUUUAUAAAGCACCACAUAAAAAGCCACAGAAGAAUACUGCAGGUGUUACUCCUUUGGAAACUUCCACAGACCAUUCUUCAUACUCCACAUACUCACCCAACUACCAUGCAGUGAAGAGGGAGUUAGAACCAGUACCAGGGGACCCUGCUGGCUUGGAGAAUGAAAGACAUAUUUACAAGAGUGUGCUGGAAGGUGGAGAUAUCCCGUUCCAGGGGCUGAGUGGUCUCAAGAGACCUUCUAGCUCUGCCUCCACAAAAGUGGAUCGUAAAGGUGGGAAUGCUCAUAUGACUGCACCCUCUUCAGUUAAUAGCCGAACCCUUAACGCUAGUCAUGCCGGUAUGUUAGGUCACACAUGUAACCAUAAGAAGCCCUUAUCAGCUGCAAAAGCCUGCAUUACCGAAAUCCUCCCUUCUAAAUUCAAACCCAAACUAGCAGCUCCAGCUGCUCUUGUGCAGGACAAGAAAGGUAUCUUGCUGUCUCAGGAGAAAGCUCAAAGCUGCGAAAACCUUCGUAGCUCCAUUGCCAUGUUUGGUAGUAAAAGAGCUUUGAUGGUAGACAUAGGAGAAAGCAUAGAAAACAUGUUGAUGAAAUCAAAGCAAGAGUAUGCCAUCAAAUCCGGCAGCACCUUGAGCUUGCAGGAAUAUGGCACCGGCUCCAGGAAAGGCUACCUGUUCCCUGCUUCCAGGAAGAGUGGGAUGGAGUUUACAAUGCUGUAUAAAGACAUGCACCAGAUCAACCGGUCCAGGAUCCAUCUGGGCACAGCCUCCUCCUGCAGUGUGAGAGAUAUCGCAUCUCAGUUUGAGAAUGAAGCAAAGGACAGGAUGGAGCACAGCCUUAGUCGUGAGGAUUCAGAGCAAAUUCCCAAACACACUGUUUCUUCCCGUGUCAGUGCCUUUGAGCAGCUGAUACAGAGAUCUCGUUCAAUGCCCUCACUUGACUUUUUGGUAGGGCAAAACAAAUUUACCACUUCUCUCCAGCCUAAAACUUGCUUGAGUUCUGCCUAUUCUGCAGAGUUUCUUCUGGAUUUGCCAAAAGCACAUCAAGAAGAGAAGGAUGUAGCCAGCUUGACAGAUAAGUCCUCCCACUCCUGCACCAACGUGGAGGAAACAGCUUCAGAUAUCAGUGAUGCAAUCGCUAUGGACACACUUUCAGCUUGCACAGAUGAGAUAGAUCUUCUCUCCAAUGCAUCCAAUGACAGUGGCAGCAGCAGCAGCAACCUCAAUGGGCCUCAAAAACAUAAAAUCAACAGAUGCAAAGGCACAUGCCCAGCUUCCUACACCAGGUUCACUACCAUCCGAAGGCAUGAGCAGCAGCAGGCCUCCAGGAACCCUAAUUCUAAAGGAGAUGUCUAUGGGGACAGACAUGUGCUCCCCAGAAAUGUCUAUCUAAUGAGCCCGCUCCCCUUCCGAUUGAAAAAGCCCUUCCAAAACAAAUCCUGCAGGACUCCACCCCUAGACUGCCUGGGAAGUCUAGCAGUGCCCAGUCCUGAGAACCCAGACGACCCCAUACAUCUGCAGGACAGUGUAGGAGACAAGAGCCACCACUUCCAGCACCAACUGUGCUCCAGAAGCAGGCCUCUAGCCCCCAGGCGCCUGUCUUCCUUUGACAUUGUGGAGAGGCUCAGCUACUUCCCCACCAUGGGAUCUAGCCAAGAUAGCUUCAUGGCCCAGGCUGGCACUCCUGACUCCUUAAACAAUGGGAACCCUCUUCCAUAUGCCCUCUGUCACAGCUUGGACACAAACAACAACCCGCAAAGUGAACUUGGGACGUACCUAGGAGAUUCAGAAUCACCAAGGCAUUUUGCACCAGUUGAUUACAUGGAAACUCCAGAAGAAAUCUUCCGCAGAAGGCAUGAUGAUAAAGAGAAACUUUUAGAGGACCAGAGACGGCUUAAACGUGAGCAAGAAGAAGCUGAUAUUGCAGCUAGAAGGCACACAGGGGUUAUUCCAACGCACCAUCAGUUUAUCACUAAUGAGCGAUUUGGGGACCUCCUAAAUGUAGACGAUACAGCAAAGAGGAAAUCUGGGUCAGAGAUGAGACCUGCUAGAGCCAAGUUUGACUUUAAAGCACAGACACUGAAGGAACUUCCUCUGCAAAAAGGAGAUAUUGUUUACAUUUACAAGCAAAUUGACCAGAACUGGUAUGAAGGUGAACACCAUGGCAGAGUUGGCAUCUUUCCACAGUCAUAUAUAGAGCUCCUCCCACCAGCUGAGAAAGCUCAACCCAAAAAGCAAUCACCAUUGCAAGUAUUGGAAUAUGGAGAUGCUAUUGCUAAGUUCAACUUCAAUGGGGAUACCCAAGUGGAAAUGUCCUUCAGAAAGGGUGAAAGGAUCACGUUGAUUCGGCGAGUGGAUGAGAACUGGUACGAAGGAAAAAUCUCUGGCACCAAUCGCCAAGGCAUCUUCCCUGUCACUUACGUGGAGGUGCUCAAACGGCCAGUGGUCAAGAAUGCCAUCGACUACCCUGAUCCACCAACAUCUGUCUCCCCUAACCGCAGCAUGACAGCAUCACCACAGUCUCCCAGCUCUGAGCUGCUCCAUACACCAACUCCUCCGCCUUUACCUUUUGCACGCCGCGCCUUAUCUCCAGAGGUGCAGGCAGUCACAUCUGAGUGGAUUGCUCUGACCGUGGGAGUGUCUCCUAGCACCACUCCUACCAUAACUCCUCCAUUGCCUCCUCCGCCUGAAGCCUCCCUCUCUCACUCUGACUCUCUCUCGCCUUCUGCUGCAGCCAGCCCUAUCACCCCAGUCAGCCUCCACCAUUCGCACCUCUCUGGCUCCUCGACUCCCAGGUCCAUUAAGUCCCCAUUGCCCUCUUACUCAUCCAGACCUCAAUCCUCCACUCACAGUUUCUAUCAGGCCACUCCACAAAGUGAAGAAAAGUUUGUUGGCUCCCUUUCUCCCAGCAUGAGCUACUCUAGCUCCCCUCGCUGGGCAGCUGAGAGCCCAGAAAGCGUCCUCGCAGAGCAGCCUGACACCACUGGCAGCCAAGCCUGGCUCCGAAAGACCAGAGAGGGAAGCAGCAACCCCGACCAGGCUGCUCAUGCUGUUCCCAAGAUCUCUGUUGAGCGCUGCCUGAAACCAUCCCAACUAGACAUGCGUGUAAACCCAGAAAAGAGACCUGUGGGUUCCUCUGAGGACAACCAGUUGUGUCAGGAACUAAUGGCUAUUGUGCAGGGAGGUAAAACAGAGAAAAGAGGCAUCAGGAAAGGUGAUCUGGGAAAGUUUCAAAGCAGUGAAAAGAAGACUGCAGAUUCAAAUGCAUUCUCUUCAUCUGCUCCUCUCUCUUCCUCUGCCCUCUCUUCCUCUACUGUCACAACACAGCCACCUCCCAGAUUUACACACAGAGUCAAUAAGUCACAGCCUUCCCACCAUUCAUUGAGAGCUGGACCAGAUCUCACAGAGUCUGAAAAGAGCUAUGUGGAAGCUGUUUGCAAUGAGAUCAUAAACAUUGCAGAAAAAUCUGUUCAUUACUGCAGUACUAUUUCUCAGCCUCUUGACUCUCGCCACAAGGUGACCUCUAAUGACCAUAAACCAUCUCUCAUCAUUUCUCAGCAACCUCAAGCACAGCAGCAAGGAACCAGCCCUGACAGAAGUCAUACACCACGAGACAUAGUUAGCUACCAAGCCCUCUACAGCUAUACUCCUCAGAAUGAUGAUGAGCUGGAACUGAGGGAUGGUGACAUUGUCGAUGUCAUGGAGAAAUGUGACGAUGGCUGGUUUGUGGGUACAUCCAGGAGAACAAGGCAAUUUGGCACCUUCCCAGGCAACUACGUGAAGCUGCUAUACCUGUAAAAUAACAGUGAUCUCACCGUGACAGUGAUGGGGUUGUUUUCCAGAUGAUGUUUUUUAACAGUGAAGAAACAGACAAUUUAUGAAUGUAAUAGAGAAGAGAUGAGACGUGUUAGGAGGAUGUGGUUAUGUGGUACAGUAUUGAGUUGAAUGUGUAGCCCUGCUUACACAGUUUCAGGGUGUGAUUUGUUUGCUGAAAAAGAGACGGUUUCUAGUUUACAGUGCUGCCUUUGUGUAUUCCUCUCCCCUUUCCAGCAAGAGUUCUGGUGAUAAUCUUAAUUUGUAUGGAGUACUUACCUCUGAGAAGGCUUCAGGGAAGCACAUGGUAUAGGUUUUGUUUGUGUGUUAAGAUAGGAUAGUGAUUUGGGGCAGUAGGCAGCCUUGCAGCGGCUCCCCUUUCACUGGCAAGGUUCAGGGAAGUCAGGGUUUCUGCCUGAUUUCUGCCUCACAGAAGAUUCACUUUGCUCUGCCUUCCACUUCCGUUGAAAACCCUUCCUUCAUGUCAUGCACCUUUAAGACCCAGCAGAGGCAGAGGACAACUGAUAUGGUUAAACUGCAGAGCUCUCUAUGGAAAAGGAGUUUGGGACUGGUGGUUUAAUCCAGAGAGGUCAGCCAAAUCAUAAUGCAAAUGUGCAAAAAUCCCAAAUCCUUUAAUAACACAUUACCUAUCUCUGCAGGCUUUUCUCUUUUGUGCAGGGCGUGUGUGUGUGAGUGUAUUGUGUGCAGCAAAACAGACCGAGUUCUGUUUUUUUAAAGAGAAAUGAGCCUGGCUUUGACAUUUAUCUGCCCAAAGAAUAGAACUAAUAAACAGAACAUCUGUGAGAGCAAAUCCUGUUUGAGUCCUACGGCUGUUCACUUCUCUGCUCCUCCUGCCCUGUUGCUGGCCCUAAAGGAUCACACACUUUUCAAAGCAUACUCUUUGGGUGAAGACUUUGCUUCUUUCCCGACAUUAAAUCUUAGAGGCUCUGAUAAAUAUGAGCAACGUAUCACUGAGGGUGCCUUUUAUUUUCUUUUUGGUUACAGUGUUGAUGAUAGGUCUCGGAUCAGAUCAUGCAUUUUGGCUGCCUUUUAGUCAGACCCCCCCAAAAAAAAAGUCUAAUCAAUUUGGAAAGCUGUUCCCAGCAGUUGUUAUCAAUUACAUAGAUUCUUAUUUAUCUGAGGAAGAAAAAAACCCAAAUACCACCACACCAAACGAAAAACAACAAACAUGGCUUGGCUGUUUGCUUGCCUGUAAAUCCACUAUGAAUACCUUUUGAUAUACAUUUUGUUAUUAAGAAGAAGCAUAAACAAAACCGGUUCUAUCAGACUCUGCUUCCUACAGUUACCAUACAAAUAGCAAAGGGUUAGAUUGCUAUUUUGUCAUAAGCCGUAUUUAAUAAUAUAAAAUGCCUAUUUUUAUGCUGAUGCUUUUAUACAGAUUUAUUAAGAGUAACUACAACUAACUGUUAGCACGACUUGUGAUGUUUUGAUAAACUAGCCAUGCUCCUGGGUUUGCAAUCAAGUAGGCUUGUCUUCCGUCUCAGUCAGCGGAAGAGAAGACUCGGUGUCUCAGAAGUUUGACUGUAAAUAUGUAUAUUUAACUUUGUACAGACAAUGUACUUACCUUGUAUAGAAAAGUAAUUUAAACACAUCGAGUGAAGGGAGAAAAGCAAAAGGCAGUUGUGAAAGAAAGGUUGGGAUUUUUUCCCGGUUUUAUUUAAAUGAUAGAAUUCCUUGUAGGUUCACAUAAAGAGAUUUAGCACAAACGAUCUGUUAUGAAAGGGUUUCAGAUACUACACAAAGCACCAC